AUCGGGCGCUGAUCUCAAAACUGGUCGAACGACAGGGUUGACCUUGGGUUGUUUUGAGAAUGGCAUAUUCUCGUCGGUUACACCUGUUCGAUCAAAAAGAAGUCAAUUUACUGGACAGCAAAGAUCAGUUCUCAAAGUUGCAAGGUCUUAGUACUAACUGCACAACAUAUGGUCGUGGUUAUCUAUGGUUUGGUGAUUCUUAUGGUUUCGCACAUCGUGUAGAUCGGGGCUUACAUGUAACUUCGUUCCAAGCCCAUGACAGCUGUAUCCACCUAAUGCAUCAAAUGAAAGAACAUGAUUUUCUCAUAACUAUUGGUGAAGAUAAAGCAAAGGAGGUCAAUCUAAAAGUAUGGAACCUUUCAAAAUGGACAAAUAAAAUGAUACCAUUUUGUUGUCGAAUUACAUCGAUCAAUCCUUCUGGGCCUCUUCAUACCCAUGUUACGUGUUUAGCUGUAGACGAAGGUCUUCAAUAUAUGGUUUUGGGUUAUGUAAAUGGUAUGGUCCAGUUAUUCAAAGGAGAUAUCACUCGCGAAAGGCAGUGUAAACGUUCUAUUCUGUAUGAAUUUCUAUGCCCUGUUACAGGGUUAGGUUUAUACGUCCCAAGUCAUCAGCAGCAAAAUAAACAAAAUUCUGUAAAUAAUAAUCCACCUUCCAAUAUUAACCAAUGUUUCGACCCUGUUGUUUUCGCAGCUUCAGAACAAAGCUUAAUGAGUUUUGUACUUGGUCAAAGAGAGAGAAUUAAAUGUAAGACUGUUCUAGACCGAUUUGGUGCACGACCUCAUUGUACAACUAUGCUACUUACUGAUGAUAUUACCGGAGACAGUCCUCAGUUUGCUGUGGCAUGUUCAGAUGCUAUAUACUUCUACAAUUGGGAUGGCAGAGGACCUUGUUUAGCUACAGAUGGUGAAAAAAUUGCUUUAGAAACGUACAAAAAUUAUUUGAUUAUACUGAAAAAUACCGGGAAAUCACUAGUCAAUUCCUAUAAUCCAUUUCUAAAUUUAUCACAUAAUAAUAAAUCAUUGUCAUCUUCACUAUCCUCAUCGCCAUCGUCAACAGCAGCUGCAACAACAGUGACUACAGGAACAACACUAUCACCUCCACUCCCAUCAUCUCAAUCAUUUAAUUAUAUCACCUCGGGUACAAUUGUCAUUCAAGAUUAUAAUAAUAAAUUUGUUGCUGGUGAAUUUCAUUUCAAUUAUUUUCAAGCAUUAUUCAUUGAAUGGAAUGGUAUUUAUUUAGUCUGUGGAGAUGAAUGUUUCAAUCAAUCAACGAAGGAGAUAUUCAAUAAUAAAGAUGAAAAUAUUGUUGCAACAACUUCGAAAAUGAUUUGUUUAACUGAAAAAGAUACUCAAAUUAAAUUGGAUAUGUUAUUUUCAAAAAAAAAUUUUAAUUUAGCUAUAGAAUUAGCUAGAUCUCAACAUUUUGAUGAAAAUGAAUUGGCUCAUAUCUAUUGGCGAUACGCUGAUCAUCUUUAUAAUCAAAAGGAUUAUGAUGCAGCUAUUCGUCAAUAUAUUAAAACAAUCGGUAAACUUGAAGCAUCCUUUGUGAUACAAAGAUUUCUUGAGGGUAGUCAUAUCAUACAGUUAACUACCUAUUUAGAAGCAUUAAAAGAUCGGAACUUGUCAACAAGUGAUCAUUUAAUUUUACUUCUUAACUGUUAUUGUCGUUUACAAGAUGUUGAUAAAAUAGAACAAUUUGUUAAACGCUGCUGUUAAAUUGGCUGAGAACACUAACCGUUACAUAGAUUCUAUUGGUUUGUUAAUAGAAGAUUUAAAUGAUGGUAAAUCAGCUAUUCAAAUGAUCAAUAAAUUGAAUUUUGAUGAUGCAUUAAAAUCCAUCAGUGAAUAUGGACAUCAGUUAAUCACUCGUUGUCCUGAAGAAACAGUUAAGAUUUUGGAUAAAUUAUGUGCUCACCCAG